AUGACCGGUGUCCCCCCCGUGCCGUGCCCGGCUUUCCCGGCGUCCCCCAUGGCUGGUGCCCGGUGCUCCCCGUGCCCGGUGUCCCCGCUGUCCCCCCGCACCUCGGCGCCUCUGCUGCCCCCGCCCCGCCACUUCCGGCCGGCGCUCCUGGAGCUCCUCCGCCGGCCAAUCACCGGGCGCGUCUGGCUGCAGGCCACGCCCCAUUCCAAACAGGCCCCGCUCCGGGGACCCCCCGGGCCCACCCGCCCUGGCCCCUCCUCAACCCCCGGCCCUGUCCGGGCCCGCUCACUGAACUCCAGCCCCGAUGACCCCGGCGAUGACCCCGGCGAUGACCCCGUCCAAUCGCCACGAGGGCUCGUGGCUCCCGGCUGUGCCCGCCUAGCCCCGCCGCUUCCUGGCAGCGCUGGCCUCACACACCGGCACAUGGCGGCCCUGCGCACCCUUCUGCUCCUCGGGCUGCUCCUUACGGCGCGGGGGCAGAGGGCGGCGCAGAGACGGCGGCCGCCCCCUCCCCAGAGUGCGCUAGAGAAGGUGGCGGCUCAGGAGGGGCUCAGCCUCCACCAGCUCUCAGGGAAGUGGUUCCUGGUCAGCAUGGCCUCCCGCUGCAGCUACCUGGCAGAGCACAGCCACCAGCUCGAGGCCACAAUGAUGACAAUGACCGUCCUGGAUGGGCAGAGCCUGGCCAUCAGCACCUUCAGGAAACUGGACAGGAUGUGCUGGGAAAUCAGGCAGCACUACCUUCCUGCCCAGGCCCCUGGACGCUUCCUGCUGAAGGGCCUUAGGAAAAGCAGCAAGGUGGAUGUGGUGGUGGGUGAGGCUGAUGCCAGCAGCUUCCUAAUCCUCUAUUACCAGAAGGGCUACAGCAUCUCUGUUAAGCUCUAUGGACGGACCAGCCUGGUCAGUGAUGCUGUCAUGGACAAGUUCGAGCAGCGCGUCAGGGCUGUGGGUCUGAGUGAGGAUGUGACUUACCACUUCCCCGCUUACGGGUUUUGUGACUCUGCAGAUGAGUUUCACAUCCUCGAUGAGCAGUUUGGCACCCGGGAGCAAAUAUGUCGUAUCAACAGGACAGAAGCGUUCACAGGAUCCACUGCCUGCCCUUUGGCUUCAGCACUCCGUCCUGCUCCAGCUUGCAUAACGGCUCGGGGGAGGCAGGGCUGGCUCCCCAGGGGCCGCCACAACGCCUGCCCAUAA